AUGACUUCAACUGAAAAUUUAUCAGAUCAAGACAAAGACUUCUUGGCUAAGUGUGAAGAGGAAUUUAAAGACAGAUACACUGAUAAAGAUGAAGAAUUCAUGAAAGUAUUUAAUGCUGAACCCUCUAUUCCUCCCAUAAUUAAGUCCUGGUGGGUGCCUCAAAACUCGGGUCGAAGAAACGAUCGUCGUAAUAACAGGCGUCAUCAUCCGUACGAACGCCACAACAGGGACUAUGACCGACGAGAACAAAGUGACAGGAGAGAUAACUAUAACAGGAGAGACAACUAUGAGAGAAGAGAUAAUUAUGAACGGAGAGGAUACAAUGACUACGAUCGGGGAGGAUAUGACAACCGGGGAGGAUUCGUGCACUCGCUCGAGGCCGCGGCGCCGCGCUCGCCGGCGCACUCCAUCCGAACGCCGGAUGAUCGACCGGAGAUCGCUCGGGUUCGGCACGUUUGA